GGGGGACAGAGGGCGCUGACAUCGAUGUGUAACAUGUUUAAGGGGUGAUGAAAAUACCACUGAAUUAUUUUUAUUUCAUAACAUAAGGAUAGAAUUUUGUAUAAACUGCUUAAGAAAUGUUGCGUAGACAGGCAAGGCAAAGAAGAGAGUAUCUCUACAGAAAAUCAAUUGAAGAUAAAAGAAGAAGUAUAGCAGAAAAAAAAGAGAAAGUAAAGAAAGCAUUAGAGGAGAACAGGCCUAUUCCACAAACAGUGAGAAAUGAUGCUCUUUUUCUACAGAAGGCUCUGGAUUGGGAUGAUGAAGGUGCAGAAGGCAUAGUAUCCCAUGAAGAUGAUGAGUACAGAUGGGCUGGAGUAGAAGACCCAAAAAUUGUACUCACCACCUCUCGAGAUCCAAGCUCUCGCCUCAAGCAGUUUGCUAAGGAAUUGAGACUUGUGUUUCCCAAUGCCCAGAGAAUUAAUAGGGGUAAUUAUGAAAUGAAACAGUUAAUAUCUGCCUGUCGUGCAAAUGAUGUCACAGAUUUCAUUGUUACCCAUGAAACAAGAGGAGAACCAGAUGGAAUAAUAAUCUCUCAUCUUCCUUAUGGACCAACAGCAUACUUUACCCUAUUAAACACUGUUAUGAGACAUGACAUCCCUGACAUUGGAACUAUGUCUGAAGCAUACCCACACCUUAUUUUCCACAAUUUCAAGUCUCGGUUGGGAAAAAGACUAAUGAAUAUACUAAAGUACCUGUUUCCGGUUCCUAAGGAUGAUUCUCGAAGAGUUAUCACCUUUGCAAAUCAGGACGACUAUGUUUCAUUUAGACAUCAUUUGUACAAGAAAGUGGAAGGAAAUAUAGAACUGCAAGAAAUUGGGCCAAGGUUUGAAAUGAAACUUUAUGAGAUCAAGUUGUGCACCUUGGAUGAGGAAGCAGUGGGAGAUGUUGAAUGGACGUUGAGGCCAUACAUGAACACUGCCAAAAAACGACAGUUUCUAAGUGACAGCCCUUUCUGAAAUAUCAACUGUAACCUAGUUUGUAAACAAAUAAAACUCAAAUGAUAUUUUAAAA